UACACUGUGUAGUUUCAAUGCUAAUCACUUCAAAUGUUUCCAACGCAAAAUUUUGCCAUGUGGUUCAGGCCCACUGCCGAUAUGAGACUGACUAGGGAUGAGUGCCGCCUUGGGACGUAUAUAUUUUCCAAAAAUGAAGAAAUGAGAUUACAAUCUACAAAACUAGAACACACUCAACAGUUGUUUCAGGUUUGAUCAUAUAUCUCCAGGAUUCAAACAAAAUCCAUGUUCAUGUUUGUUGUCCUUCCAGGGAAACAGAGAACUUAUUUAAGCAUUACGAGCUAACCCUGCCUCGCGGAAAGUUCUUAUCCCUUAGGCUCGAAUGCAUGCCCCACUUUGAUGUCGUCAACACUGUUGCAAUGCUUUCCUCGCUUCAGGCCAAGGCAAACCCUGUGCCCCAUUGCUGGUUCUUCCCGUUAACAUUUGCCGUCGAGCUCUUAUUCCAAACUCCGAUGGAACAUGUAAUAGAGAGCUAUGCGAGAUGCUGGAUGCCACCAACUCAAGAACUUGAGCAUAUGGCUGUCAUCGGGAACAUUUUCAAACUUGAGCCGAAUCUGCCCAACUUUAAACACGUUUCGCCAUAUCCAAACUCCUGGGGACGCAUGGAAUACCCCAUGAGCAUUCCUAGCAGGCUAGGCGCAGAUGAAUCUGGAAUAUGGUGCAUCUGGUGGAUGUCUCACAAUGGCCGAUUCUCCCCAGCUAUCCUAGGCAACCUGGGUGAUGAGGCCACAUUGAGGAUGAAAACAGCAAUUAGGAUUGUCGCAUCUGACUACAGUGAGCUUAAGGCUCUUGUGGACCUCAAGGCGGAGACAGUGUGGCGUAGUCUCCCGUUCCUCCCCUAAUUACUACUCUAUUUACAUGCUUAUAUAUGAAUGAAAUUGGGAACCAUUUACAGGGCCCAAAUAUUUUGAAAUUACUUGUUGCUAUUAAAUAUUGCUAAUUCCAGACUUUAGUAUUUUUACUCUACUUGUAUUAUCCCGGUGGUCGACAUUGGAUAUGCACCCACCUGGGUUGCAAAUGGUCUAACUAUGUAUGCACCUGUUAUAGUUAACUUGCAUGAUGACUUGUUGAAGAAUGUAAGUGGGAACCAUUAACAAGGUCCAUAUAUUUUGAAGUUAGUUGUUGUUGUUAUAUAUUGCUAAUUCCAGACUUUAAUGUCUAACUA